UCCACCCCUUACCAGCCAUCUAGCCUGUAAGUUCACCCUCCAGGAUCGUUAGUUCCUAGUCGCUAGUUCCACGGGUCUAAUCUGAGUAUUGAGGAUGUAUACUGUUGGUGGUUUUCGAUUUAUAGUAUACAAGUUCAGUAGUACCAUGUUUAAUAUGAAGCUGAUGGAGAAGCUGCGAUUUAUAUUGUCCAAGUUCAAUAGUAAUCUAUCUCAUCCCAAGCUGAUGGAUAAGUCACGAUUUGAAGCAUCCGAGUUCAACACUCUAUUUGAUCCGAAUACGAUGGAGAAGACGGCGGAGGACCUGUCGUUCGAUGUUCUGUGGCUUAUCUUUGCUAAUCUGGAGUUACCUGACCUUGUGCGUGCUGGAUCAGUCUGUUCCAUAUGGCGUGACAUAUACACCAGCCUAUGCAACAGUGGAUCUUACAAUCCUCAGCACACACCAUGCCUUCUCUACACCUCUGAGUCUGCCGGCACAAAGGCAGCUUGCCUGUACAGCCUUGCAGAGAAGAAGACCUACACGUUAACUCUGCCGGACCCUCCUCUCUGUAGCAGGUACAUCUUUGGCUCGUCAUAUGGUUGGAUUGUCACCGCUGAUGAGAGGUCUGAGUUGCACAUUGUAAACCCCAUCACCGGCGACCAGAUUGCCUUGCCAUCUGUCACCACCAUUGAUCAGGUGAAGCCGAUCUUUAGUGAUAUUGGAGUCGUUUGCGGAUAUGAGCACUCAGGGUACUCUGGGGUGUGGGAAGUUUCGGACAUACCGUCCAUAUUUGACCUCAGUGAGCUACGUGACCACCUCUUCCACAAGGUCUUCCUCUCUUCAGAUCCAUCCGCGGGAGACUACUUUAUGGUGCUCAUCCAUAACCCACACUGUCAGCUUUCCUUUGCAAGGGCAGGGGAUGAUAAAUGGACUUGGUUGCCACAAGGUGAUUCCUAUGAUGAUUGCUUAUUUAAUGGUCAAUUGUUGUAUGCCUGCACUCAACUAGGAGAAAUCCAUGAAUUCGAUCUUGGUACCCCAACAAUCACGCACAAGAUAUUUUUGGGUCGUGUUAAAGAUCUCUAUGACGAGAAGAUUUACAUGGUUCAAGCUUCAUGUGGUCAGAUGCUGCAAAUAUGGAGGUCCGACGACACUAUAGAAGAAGGGGAUAACGAAGAUGAAUAUGAUCCAGAUUUUGGACCUGACUUGCCUUGGCAUAGUACCUCCAUGAUCAAAGUUUAUAAACUGGAACCAACUUCAAAAAAACUUGUUGAGAUAAGUAGCCUGGGUGCGAAUGUGUUGUUUCUUGGGCACAACCUAUCACUUUGCCUCCAUGCAGAAGAACACCCACAGCUGAAAGCAAAUCAUAUCUACUUCGCUGAUGACGAACCAUAUACAUAUUUCAAGAGUAAACGACGUGAUAUUGGUGUAUUUGACUUGGAACGUAAUUGCAGCGAGAAAAUAGUAUCUCCUCAGCUUUGGUCCAACUGGCCAGCCCCAGUGUGGUUAGUUCCAAAUCCAAGGCGAAUAGGCCUAUCAUUGUGCAAGUAG